AUGGACAUCAAGUUUUGCAAGACCAACCUCCUCAUUGAGCACAAGGAGUUGGAUGGGAGACCCCCUGUGUACACAUUAGUUGGGCAUGAGGAUGAUUUGCGAGAAGAGGAGCCUGAGCUCGAUCGAGCUGAGGAUCGAGCUGAGUCUCAAGCUGAAGAUCGAGUCCAGGAGAGUGCGGAUUUGGGUGAGCCUGAGUGCUAUUAUUUUGAGGAGUAUGAGGCUCCAAGGAUGAACCCCUCUGUUGUGGCUGCCCACAAGAGGAUUGGACUUCUCCAAAAGUUCAACAAAUGGCAAGGGAAAGCCAUUGAAAGAUGCAAAAGUCCAUGGACAAGAUGGAGUAGAUCACUCCUCACCACUCCAAGGAGGCUCCCUGCCCAAGAGCCUCACAGAGCCUCUUCAUUCGAGCCAAGGGAAGGAGAAGACAACUCAGCAGAGAAGGAGGAAGAGCUUCCAAGGCCAGACGCUCCAGCUCGACCACCGGACUCGAUCGAGUCCAAACAGAGGAAACUCAACUCGAUCGAGCUGAGGGUCGAGUUGACCUGGAGGAGCCCCUGUUUGAGAAUCCGGGAUUCGAGUACGAUCCCACGCCUUACCAGGACUUCUCCAGACCUCUGGACCCCUACAAGCUUCGAGCAAGCCAGCUCCCAAGGCCAAGGAAGCCACACACUUUCAACGAUGAAGAAGAGGAAGAAGAGGAGCCGCAAGCUCGAUCGAGCUAAGUUUGGGGGUGCCAACUCGAGCUCGAUCGAGUUGGGUGUAAAAACCAGAAAAGUGGUCUUUUGGAGCAUUCUGGAGCAUAUGGGACAUGAGGAGCAUGGAGGGACUUGGCACAUGGACGCAGCUCAACUGGAUACGCAAAGGAAGAAGGGAGAAGCCAUCUUGAAGACCAGCUCGACCCCUACUCGACCAACCGGUCGAGUUCCUCAACUCGACCGGCCAAGCUUCAACUCGAUCGAGCUGAGAAGUCAACAGUCAAACCCGAAAAAUGUUGCUUCCCCCUUGACUUUCCUUUGA